CAGAAGGAGCGAGAGGCGGCCGAGGGGCUGGUCCAGGCGCGGCCGCUAAGAGGAGACCAAGAGGCGGGGGCUGCACUUGACAACCAGCAUGCCGAGAUGAUCAACGAAAGGGAUUCUUGGGUCCUGGAGACCAAAGAAAGAAUCGGCAGGAGUGCUCAGGGUAAAUUGAUGGAUUGCAGAGCCAGGCUGUCAGAAGAGGCAGAAGUGGAUGUGAGAGAAAGAGAGACACAGAGAGACAGAGAGCCAAAGAGGGCAAGAGACUUGACUUUAAGAGACUCCUGUACUGACAACUCCAUGCAGUUCGGAACCAGAACGACUACGGCUGAACCAGGGUUCAUGGGGACAUGGCAAAACGCUGAUACUAACCUCUUAUUCAGAAUGUCCCAACAGGUUCCAGUGGCAUGUGCUGGCAGAGUGCUGGGUGCAGACUUUUGCCCAAACCUGGAGGAGCCAGACCAGAGGCUGGAAGUCCAGGCCAUCCGUUGCACACUGGUAAACUGCACGUGUGAAUGUUUUCAGCCGGGGAAGAUUAACCUGAGGACUUGCGAUCAGUGUAAACAUGGCUGGGUGGCACAUGCCUUGGAUAAGCUCAGCACGCAGCACCUAUACCACCCCACCCAGGUGGAGAUUGUGCAGUCCAACGUGGUGUUCGACAUCAGCAGCCUGAUGCUCUACGGGACACAAGCGGUGCCUGUGCGGCUAAAGAUCCUUCUAGACCGUCUCUUCAGUGUCCUGAAGCAGGAGGAGGUGUUGCACAUCUUGCACGGCCUGGGCUGGACUCUGCGGGACUACGUCCGGGGGUACAUCCUUCAGGAUGCUGCCGGCAAGGUGCUGGACCGCUGGGCCAUCAUGUCUCGAGAAGAGGAAAUCAUCACCCUUCAGCAGUUUCUGCGAUUUGGAGAAACCAAAUCCAUUGUGGAGCUGAUGGCAAUUCAGGAGAAAGAAGGGCAGGCCGUAGCUGUACCAUCUUCAAAGACAGACUCAGACAUAAGGACUUUCAUUGAGAGCAAUAAUCGCACCCGGAGUCCCAGCCUUCUUGCUCACCUAGAGAACAGCAACCCUUCCAGCAUUCAUCAUUUCGAAAACAUCCCCAACAGCCUUGCAUUUCUGCUUCCAUUCCAGUAUAUAAACCCAGUCUCAGCCCCACUGCUUGGAUUGCCUCCAAACGGGCUACUGUUAGAGCAACCAGGACUGAGGCUACGGGAACCAAGCCUUUCAACCCAGAAUGAAUACAAUGAGAGCAGUGAAUCUGAAGUAUCUCCCACACCUUAUAAGAAUGAUCAGACGCCUAAUAGAAAUGCCCUGACCAGCAUUACCAAUGUGGAGCCCAAAACUGAGCCAGCCUGUGUGUCCCCCAUUCAGAAUUCUGCCCCAGUCAGUGAUCUAACCAAAACUGAACACCCAAAAAGCUCAUUCCGGAUUCAUCGGAUGAGAAGGAUGGGGUCAGCCUCUAGGAAAGGAAGAGUGUUCUGUAAUGCAUGUGGGAAGACAUUCUAUGACAAAGGUACUCUCAAAAUUCAUUAUAAUGCUGUUCACCUGAAGAUCAAACACCGAUGCACCAUCGAGGGUUGCAACAUGGUCUUUAGCUCCCUCCGAAGCCGGAAUCGCCACAGUGCGAACCCUAAUCCUCGCCUUCACAUGCCUAUGCUACGAAAUAACCGAGACAAAGAUUUAAUUCGUGCCACAUCAGGAGCUGCCACUCCUGUUAUAGCAAGUACAAAAUCAAAUCUCACACUCACAAGCCCUGGCCGGCCCCCAAUGGGUUUUACCACUCCCCCAUUAGACCCCGUCUUACAGAAUCCUCUGCCUAGCCAGCUGGUUUUUUCUGGGCUAAAGACUGUACAGCCAGUUCCUCCAUUUUAUAGAAGUUUACUCACUCCGGGGGAAAUGGUGAGUCCUCCAACCUCCCUCCCAACCAGUCCCAUCAUUCCAGCCAGUGGUACCAUAGAGCAGCACCCCCCACCACCCUCUGAGCCCAUAGCACCAGUAGUGAUGAUGGCCACUCAUGAGCCCAGUGCUGACCUGGCACCCAAGAAGAAGCCCAGGAAGUCCAGCAUGCCUGUGAAGAUUGAGAAGGAAAUCAUUGAUACCGCUGAUGAGUUUGACGAUGAAGAUGAUGACCCUAAUGAUGGCGGAGCUGUGGUCAACGAUGUGAGCCAUGACAAUCAUUGCCACUCCCAAGAGGAGAUGAGUCCAGGCAUUUCUGUGAAGGACUUUUCUAAACAUAGUAGGACCCGGUGCAUUUCAAGGACUGAAAUAAGAAGGGCUGACAGCAUGACUUCUGAGGACCAAGAACCUGAGCGGGACUAUGAGAAUGAAUCUGAGUCUUCAGAGCCCAAACUAGGUGAGGAGUCCAUGGAAGGCGAUGAGCACAUUCACAGUGAAGUGAGCGAAAAAGUCCUGAUGAGCAGUGAGAGGCCUGAUGAGAACCACAGUGAGCCCUCUCACCAGGAUGUCAUCAAGGUGAAGGAAGAAUUUACAGAUCCCACUUACGACAUGUUUUACAUGAGCCAGUAUGGACUAUACAAUGGUGGGGGGGCCAGCAUGGCAGCCCUGCAUGAAAGUUUCACAUCGUCUCUGAAUUACGGCAGCCCUCAAAAGUUCUCCCCAGAAGGUGACCUGUGUUCUAGCCCAGACCCCAAAAUCUGUUACGUGUGCAAGAAGAGUUUCAAAAGCUCCUACAGUGUGAAGCUUCACUACAGGAACGUUCACUUAAAAGAGAUGCAUGUCUGCACAGUGGCUGGCUGCAAUGCUGCCUUCCCCUCUCGCCGAAGCAGAGACAGAAACAGAAAUUUACGGAUGGAAAGAACCAUAGGUCCAGGACAUCGAGACAGCCUGCAUCUCCGUAGACACAGUGCCAACAUAAACCUGCAUCGCAAACUGUUGACCAAAGAACUCGAUGACAUGGGCCUGGACUCAGCGCAGCCCUCUCUUAGCAAGGGCCUCCGGGAUGAAUUUUUGAUGAAGAUCUAUGGUGCCCAGCACCCCUUGGGGCUCGAUGUCAGGGAAGACGCCUCCUCUCCCGCAGGGACUGAAGACUCCCACCUGAACGGGUACGGGAGAGGCAUGGCGGAGGACUACAUGGUCCUUGACCUGAGCACCACCUCCAGCCUCCAGUCCAGCAGCAGCAUCCAUUCUUCCCGAGAAUCCGACGCAGGCAGCGACGAGGGUAUUCUUCUCGACGACAUUGACGGGGCGAGUGACAGUGGGGAGUCAGCACACAAGGCCGAGGCCCCUGCCCUCCCUGGCAGUCUAGGGGCUGAAGUUUCAGGAUCUCUGAUGUUCAACAGCUUGUCCGGGAGCAAUGGUGGGAUUAUGUGCAACAUUUGCCACAAAAUGUACAGCAACAAGGGGACUCUGAGAGUGCACUACAAAACUGUGCAUUUGCGAGAAAUGCACAAGUGCAAAGUCCCUGGUUGCAAUAUGAUGUUCUCCUCUGUGCGAAGCCGAAAUCGGCACAGUCAGAACCCUAAUCUCCACAAAAACAUUCCCUUCACUUCAGUAGAUUAGUCUCAGAAUGGACACUACAAAUGCCAGCUCUCACCAGAUGGCCUACAUGUUUGAACUGCCAUAGUCAGUGUGUGCUUGUGUACCUGGGUGUAUGUGUGUGUGUGUGUGUGUGUGUGUGUGUGUGUGUAU